UGAGUCCACGAGCUCGAGAGUUUCAUUUCCGUGGAUUUGUCGGGACCCGUUGGACAUUUUCGAAAGUCCUGCGAUCGUUUUCGAUGACAAAAUGUGGUGAAGUGGUGAUUAAUUGGUUCAAUUGAAGAGUGAAAAUGCCAGGACAGGAUUCUGUUGUCGUUCCACCGCCUCCCAUUGAGGGGGAGGAGGUCGCGCCGUCGUCACAGCCCAUUGUCGGCAUCAUCUACCCUCCUCCGGAGGUUAGGAAUAUCGUCGACAAAACUGCGAGCUUUGUCGCCAGGAAUGGUCCAGAGUUUGAGUCGAGGAUUCGCCAGAACGAAACGGGAAACGCCAAGUUCAAUUUCUUGAAUUUCGGGGAUCCGUAUCAUGCUUACUAUCAGCACAAAGUCAAGGAGUUCACGGAGGGAAGGGGACAGGAGCCAUCGGUGGGGACAGUGGGUACAGUCAGGGGAGUCACCCUGAGCGCCCACCAGAAGCAGCAGGAGAUCCUCAAGCAGGUGGAACAGCCUUUUGUACCGAAGGAUCCACCAGCUGAGUUUGAGUUCAUUGCUGAUCCGCCUUCAAUAUCAGCAUUGGAUUUAGACAUCGUGAAACUCACCGCGCAGUUCGUCGCCCGAAACGGUCGUCAGUUCCUCACGAACCUGAUGAACCGCGAGCAAAGAAACUUCCAAUUCGAUUUCCUGCGGCCCCAGCACUCGCUCUUUCAGUACUUCACCAAGCUCCUGGAGCAGUACACAAAGGUCCUGAUCCCCCCGAAGGACCUCCUCCCCCGCCUCCGGGAGGAGUCCACCUCGAUGGACAGCAUCCUGGACCAGGUGAAAUACCGAUCGGAAUGGCUGAAGUACCAGGAGGCCCAGCGUCGCAAGGAGGAGGAAGAGCUUGAGCGCGAGCGUGUGGCCUACGCCCAGAUAGACUGGCACGACUUCGUGGUGGUGGAGACCGUGGACUACCAGCAGUUCGAGGUCGGCAAUUUCCCGGCUCCAACGACCCCAGACGAAGUGGGGGCGCGUGUGCUGAUGCAGGAGAGGAUCGAGGAUGGAGACGACGUGGAGAUGCAGAUCGAGUCUGAUGGGGACGACGAGAUGCCUCAGAGGACGGAAAAUGAUAGAGAUCGAUCUGCGAAGGAUAACAAUCAGGUCCAGGACAUGGAGGAGGACUCGAGUGAUGAAGAGACCCCAAGUGAGCCCCCCAACGCCCCUGGGAACCGAGGAACCAUGCAGCCCCCACCGCUGCCCCCAGCCCCAGGGAACGUGAUCAUUCGUAAGGGCUACGAUCCCAAGCAGCACAGUCAGAAGGCGAGACCAAUCCCCUCGGACGUCAUCCUGGUGUCACCUCUGACUGGAGAGAUCCUGGGGAAGAAGGUGGAGGAGCACAUGCACAUUGGUCUGCUGGACUCCCGCUGGGUCGAGCAGAGGGACAAGCACCAGGAGAAGGUGGACCAGGAGUCGGUUUACGCCUCUGGAGCUGCUGUCAACGCCUCAUUGAAGCACUUGGCUGAGAGACGUACUGACAUUUUCGGUAUUGGGGACGAGGAGACGGCGAUCGGUAAGAAAAUCGGGGAGGAGGACACCAGGAAGGACGAUAAAGUCACUUGGGAUGGACACACGUCGAGUGUUGAGGCUGCUACUAGGGCUGCUAGAGCCAAUAUCACGUUGGAGGAGCAAAUUCAUCAGAUUCACAAGGUAAAGGGUCUCCUCCCCGACGAGGAGAAGGAGAAAAUCGGUCCAAAACCGGUGACAAGUCGAGCUGCAGAGUUGAAUCACAUGGCAGCAGUUGCCUCGAAGCCCCAGGCAACCCUGAAGGCCCCACCAAAGCCCCCAGUGCCGAAGCCCAUUCAAGUCCCUCAGCAGCCACCACCACCCACGAUGACAAUGCACAUGGGAAUGCCCCAGGCCCCGAUGAUGCCCCCCCAGCCCCCCAUGAUGAUGAUGGCGCCGAUGCCACCGAUCAGACCUCCACCCCUGAUGACCCCUUCAAUGUCCCCAUUCAUGCCAGCGCCACCGGUCAUGCAGCCACCGAUUCCUCAGCAAAUGGGGCUCAAGCACCCCAUGGAGAGUGUCCCCGAGGAGGAGUCGCCGGCGAAAAAAGCGAAGAGCGAGGACUCUCUCAUCCCCGAGGCGCAGUUCCUCGCUAGGCACAAGGGACCUGUCCAGCUGAGUGUUGUCGUUCCUCUGAUGACUGAUAAACCAGACUGGAAGCUCAAUGGACAGACCCUCAGCAUCACUCUCCAGCCGAAUGACACUGUGGCGACUCUGAAGGCCAGCAUUUGCGAGAUGAUUGGGAUGCCGCCUGGCAAGCAGAAGAUCCAGACUGAGGGCAUCUUCUGCAAGGAUCUCAAUUCCUUGGGGUACUAUAAUCUCAGCAGUGGGAGUGUCGUCAAUCUCUUGCCCAAGGAGAGGGGUGGCAGGAAGAAGUAAAAGGGAUGAAUUAUUUUUGGGAAUUGAGGGGUUCUAAUCGACUGUAGAAAAAAAGAAAAUACAAAUUAAAAGCUUCAGGUAUUCAAUCGUCUUGGUGACAGUAAUUUCAAAGCAGACUUGGCAAGUAUUUACACUGGAGAGGAGGUUAUUAAGUUGAUAAAAUGUUUAAUGAACAGAAUUGCGAAUGUGAAUUGUGAGAAAAUUAAAGAUGAAUUGAGGGAAUCGUCUUGACACAAUUAAUUCUCUAAUCAGACUGGGGAAUUAUUGUAAUCGCACUUUAUUAACUUGAUAAAAGAUUUAAUUUAAAAAAUUGCGAUAAAAAAAUUAAUGAAAGAAGUAUUGGGGGAAAUCAACUUAUUCUCAGCAACUUGGACUCGUUUGAUUUUGAGCAGAAAAUAUCUUGAGGAAUUUUUUGGUUCAUGAUUUCGUGUAUUAGUCAUUGGUUACUCAAGAUUUUUGUAUAAAAAUCAUUGGAAAUUCAGUGAUUUUUCAGUGGAUUCGAAUUAAUUUUGUGCGAAUGUAUGGAGUGAGCUGCUUUUGAGGAAUAAAUUUCGAUUUUAUGGAA